AUGAGUUCAGUUCAGUCGCUCGGCCUCCAUGAACCAAGCGGGCUGCACUACCUCGUCGCCGAAUCGAUUCUACCUCCCGAUCCCUCACCUUCUCUCUACAAAUGGACGGUGUCCCGAGUGCGAGAUCCUCCCUCCGCGGGCUUCAUAGAGGAGGAGAUUCUCUAUACGGAACAUUGUGUGGUAUGGUCUAGAAAUGGAGCCAUAAAACGGGCACUGAACCUGGGGGUUGAGGAGGAGCCCAUUCUACACGCCUUUGUCACACAAUUCGGUUCCGUUGAAGAGCAUGAAAAAGCAACUGUACACUAUCCAGCCCAUGAAAGAGUUCCGAAGCUACUGGAACGUGGCCUUGUGGUGGUGCUCAAAACCCAGGCUCACAUCUUUCUCCUCUCUGGUGAUGGCUACGUCCUUCCUCUCUCUUUUGAGGUUGAAUCGGCGUUUCCAUUUCCAUCUGGAUUCAUACUACAGCGAAAGCUGGGGGAAGAUGAAGCUGGUGGUCGCCCUCUCCCGCUACACCAUGAUCUCAGCACUAUCAAUGAGACCUUGACUUCUAUUGGAGGUAACAGUUCGAGACCAUCACUUAUCCUCCCAGAGAGGGAUGAGCCGGCGCCGAAACUCCUCCCGGGCACCUCCAGCGGCAUGCCGCGCACAUUCUCUCUUACCCAACUAAUGUCCGAGUUGGGUCUGGUGGUAUGGAGUCCACAUCGGAAGGGCGAGCCACUUGAGGAAUGCAAUGCACUGCCCCGGACAGAAAAAGUUAUCUUCGUUUCGCAGUAUGACGACCUGGAGUUGUUCCAAUAUCCAACCAGACCGGUGUGCGUGGCUUUGACUCUGAACGAGACCAACUCAACUUUCAGUAUUUGGCAUGUCAGUUCAGAUACAGUGGCUGAGAGCGGCGGCAAGCCGGGCGAGAAGGCUGAUCGUGUGCGGCCACGGGCUUCGUUGAGGAAAAGCUCAAAUGUUUACCGACGAGAGCCUGGAGAAGCACCUAAGUCCGCACGGGGACCCAGUCGUCUCAGAGAGAGUCUUGGAGGAUCAGGCCAACAUUACCCCGAAGUGCCUCUAUUUCCUUCUGCGGAAGAACAAAAAUCGUUUCCUCCAGACGCAACAGAUGAUCUUGCUUCUCAACUCGGUCCUGAGUUUGGAGAUGUAGGAGUGCAAACGCGUUCAGCUCGAAGAGUUAGCUCCAUGUUGGCGCGAACCGAUCUAGGUGCAGGAACAGACCGAAACAUGUUCAAUGAUCUUGCAAUGGGCCAUGGAGGGCGCCAGAGUCUUCAUCGAGCAAGUAGGCGAGGGGAGUCCAUUGGGAGUUUCAAUGACCGGCGAAGCUUUGGCUUUCGUCGACGAAGUUCCUUUCCCACAAAUGCAUCUAUAUUCAGUACAGGGACCUCGUACUUGGAUGUGUCAGCUCAGGGGCUACUGGAAGACCUCGACACUUUUCGGCAAUCAACGCGUUUAGAAGAGGAUAAUAUCCAUGUUUCGGAAAGCAACCUCCCUAGGGAUAUCGGAUUCUUCAAGAUCAAAUCUUUCCCCAGAUCCCAUGGGUCAGAGGAAAUCAACUCCAGCGUCGAGCGAAUAAAAGUUCUGACUCUGACUCCUCAAGCCCAAGACCGAAACGUCUCGCGGACAAGAGACAUAUACCUAUGUGUAAUGGAUAAGUCACACCAGGAGCUUACCUUAGUGAGAGUGCUGGUGAGGGUUGACACCCAUCAAAAUGAGAGGAGCCGCAGCGCUCCUCAAGCAUCAUUCGAACUCAAAGCUACGGAAACGCGCAGAUUGUCUGGCAUCAGAGAUGUGUGUAAGGUCGUGGAUGGCCACAUUCAGCGACUUGUCGUCCUGACACAGUCUCGCUCAGAACUCAUGUCUUUGCAGCUAGAAGCACCUUGGUCUCCGUCCUACCGAGUAGAUUUUCCUGCACGGUACUCAAUGUUCGACCCCUUCAUGGGCCCACAUCCCAACAGUCCGAGGAAGGACAAAGACACAGGAAGCAGGAGAAUCAUUCCUGGUGCUGAGGUACACAUGCGAGGUCUCCUUGACUCUGGGUGUCAGGCCCAGAUUUAUGCCAUUGAUCAAGACCAGCGUCGACAUUCCAUCCAAUUUCGACUCGCCCCGCGAGAUGGUUUGGUGCUUGAUAUCCUCAAGAUGUGUGACCUGAUACUGGGAGUCACCCAGCGCGACACCCUGCUGGUCAGUUUUUGGGAAGUUUCGCGCUGGUUGAAAAGCAGAGAUCCGCAAAUCGAGUCAGAAUGGGUUGCUCUUGUCGUUGUUCUAUUCUCACUUGCUGUGCCCUUUAUUGGCAACCCGUCGUCACAAUCCACUCCGACUCAUCGCCGGAAAAAGGGUGCUCUCCUUCGAUCCAGCAGCGGAAGCUCCAUUGACCUUACGAAUUACGAUGCUCUCCAUGAAGGAGACCAUGAUAUGAAUUCAAACGCUGGUAUGCACGGCCCAGCAUGGAAUUGGCUGUCGCAAAGACGGCCGAUGACUUUGUCAACGACACCGAAGUCGAAGCACCAAGGGGUUGCAAGCACAUCCAUUGUCGGUGACAAUGUUAACGAGAGAAAGAAUUCGUUUAUCAUGAGAUGCAUUUCCCUUGCAAGGGAAUACACACAAUCACCUCUGGGCGAAAGCGCUCUGGGCCCCGAGGGCUAUCUACCGACGUCAAUCAAUAGAGACCGAGAUGACCGUUGCAAUGCAAUCCCAAAAAUUCUCCUAGGCUUGCAUCUCCUAUACGAAGAAAGCAAACUUGACAUUACAGCACCAUUAAGAACGGCUCGAUCACAAUGCAAUUUGGUGAUGGUCAUGUCACAACUUGGUCGCUGGCUUGGAUGGAAAGACUGGUCCUCUGACACUAAUACCUAUUAUGAAUUUGAAUCAACAGAUGUCAACAACUGCAUCUUCGACCCUUCAAAUAUCGACGGUCUUCGUAUGCCAGCCCAGCCCUUCAGGCCUCCUUCAAUCUACGAGUACCUUGAAAGUUGGAUACAGGGUACUGCUUCCUCUCCAUUCAUAACGCUGGCCAGAAUAGCCGGAGCUGGCGAGACGAUGGAAAGCGACGAUCCAUUGUGGCAGCGGACAAAAGGAUUGACACCUCGGACAAUAGGACUUCUUUCGUUCAUGCAGCACGCCAACCGCCAUCUAGGAACUCAAAAGAUGAUCGAGACCAUGUUGAGGGUCGGGCUUGACGAGCAGAUUCUGCGCAGUCUACCUGGAGGUGUAGCUGCCGCUUUUCAUCAAGCCAUAGCUUCCAAGCGUAACAAGAUUGAUGAGAGAAUCGGAACUGAAUACGACAGUUCAUCGGGGCAGGCCCAUAGACAACCUGAUCAUUAUCAUGGGCAACAUGCACACAAAUCACAGUUUGCUCCUACUCAUGAAGCAGUGAGAGACUACCACAGCAUUUGCUCGUCUGCCCUAGAGGCCGAAGCGCUUCAACGUUGGGAUGCAUCUUCUGAAGCCGACCGAAAUUCUAUUACAAGAUUGAUCUUUAGAGAGGACCGUCGCUUCCCAGAAGCUUCCAAACUUGUGAACCAGACACGAGCGCCGUUAGUUGAAUGUACCCCGGAACCGGAGUGGACAGAAGUCGAUCUUCUGGAAGCACAAAAGGAAUUGGCUCAGCAUGUCACUCGACGGACAUUGUCUGUAGCAGCAGGACGAGGCAUGAUGCAUUUCAAUGCUCGAGUGCCUCUUUUGACUGAGAGAGUGCCGAUCCCAGCGUUCAGCUUGCAAUGUAUCAUGAAGCCCCUAAAGAACAACGAAAGUACCCAACCUAUGACCUUCAGCGCCGACAAAGCUUUAUUCACCGAAGAGAAGGUAUGUUGGGCGUUCUUCCACAACGGAGCGUCGAUGGGUUUGAUGAUCUCAAACGACGCUCAGGGUAUCGAUACGUCUUGGAUUCUCUACAACAAGCCACCGGAAUUGACCAACCGACAUGCCGGCUUUCUGCUUGCGUUAGGUCUCAAUGGCCAUCUGAGAACACUUGCAAAAUGGGUGGCCUUCAAAUACCUCACUCCUAAACAUACAAUGACGUCCGUCGGACUGCUCCUUGGCUUGUCUGCCUCUUUCCUGGGGACCAUGGAUACCUUGGUCACACGACUUCUUUCAGUCCACGUCACACGGCUCCUCCCUCCUGGUGCUGCUGAACUGAAUCUCUCGCCGUUGACCCAAACCACCGGCAUCAUGGGCAUUGGGCUUUUGUAUCACAACUCUCAACACCGUCGCAUGUCUGAAGUGAUGCUCUCAGAAAUCGAAAACAAUGACCCUGAAGAAGGAGCUGCUUCCGAUACCGUUCUCCGCGAUGAAGGCUAUCGCCUGGCUGCAGGAUUUUCUUUGGGCCUCAUCAACCUGGGACAAGGCAAACGUCUCCAUGGUCUUCACGACAUGGGCGUCGUCGAACGACUGCUGACUAUCGCUGUAGGGACGAAGAACGUGAACAUGGUUCACGUUCUGGACCGGGCUACGGCAGGAGCCGUCAUGGCUCUGGCGUUCAUCUUCCUCAAGACAAACGACGAGGCCACUGCUCGCAAGGUUGACAUUCCAGACACUCUCCAUCAGUUCGACUAUGUGCGACCUGACAUCUUUCUCCUGCGCACUCUAGCUCGACACUUGAUUCUGUGGGAUUCGAUCAAACCCAAGAAGAGCUUCAUUGAAGCUUCGUUACCCGAUCCCUACAGGCGACGUACCGAUCUCAAAUCUACAAAAAUGCUCAGCACAGAAGAUCUACCUUUUUUCAACAUCGUAACAGGAAUCUGUUUCGCGUUGGGGUUGAGGUUCGCUGGCUCACAACGACACGACGUUCGCGAUUUGCUGGUUUCCUAUCUCGACCAGUUCCUCCGGCUAAGCCGAUUGCCAGCUCACAACUACGAUGCACGAGUGACAUUAAAUAGUGUCCGGAAUUGCCUUGAUUCACUCGCCUUGGCCACCGCUUCUGUAAUGGCAGGGUCCGGGGACUUGGUGGUCAUGCGCCGCUUGCGGGCUCUGCAUGGGCGGACAGACAAGGACACACCAUACGGAAGCCAUCUCGCAGCUCACAUGGCUUUAGGUACGUUAUUCCUUGCGGGAGGAACGAGGACCUUCGGCACUUCCAAUGUCGCCAUAGCCAGUUUGUGCAUAGCGUUCUACCCUGUCCUCCCCAACGACGUUCUCGACAACCGUGCUCAUCUCCAAGCUUUGCGCCAUCUGUGGGUCCUGGCUGUCGAAGGUCGGUGUCUUGUUGCUCGUGACGGCGACGCCGGAGGCUCUGUGAUCGGCGGGGUUACCGGGAUCAUCCACCUCAAAGACGGAACUACACAGUUGAUCCGCCUUCCUGGUCUCAUACCCGAGUUUGACGCUAUCCAAUCUAUAGAAGUCAAAGGCGAGGGCUUUUGGGAUGGCUUUAUCGACUUGAAUCCUAAAGUGGAAGGGAGCAAGGCUCUCCGACAGAAAUUCAAGGCCGAGAAUGCCGUCAACAUCAUCCUGCGCCGGCGGGCUGCGUACGACAGGCCUUCUGAAGAUCUUUUCACGGCAGAACUACAAGCUUUAAGCGAGGGAGAGGGUAUUCCAAGCGUGGACCCGAAUUCCGCCACGAUGUAUACCUACUCUCAUGGAGGUGGAGGGGCGAGUGGAACCGGUCCAGGUACAUCGAAAUCGGGCAAUCCGUUCGAAUGGCUGUUUGAGCUUGGAUCGUUAAGAGACUUCGAUCACGCGGAGCGGGCACUCGUGGUGAAUCCGACACCAAUCGGGGAGUGGAAUGCCAAAGAAUUGUUAAAACCCACCGUCGUGGAUCUCAGACUUGAGCUCGAGAUGGGCAUUCUUGCGCCGAAUGUCGGGUUGAUGAGAUCCUUGCCGGCGCCAGGUCAGGGUCAGAUGCGUAAGGACAAACUGUGGCAACUCCGCCUGUUGUUCGCGUGGCUUGAUCGGUGGGAGAAAGACGAUGAAGAGAUCGAGCUGCAGCAUGGCACCGGUUACGGCGAUGAUGAUAAAUGGUUCAACAAGUCCGGCGGAACGUGGUUGAGGAAGGAGGUCAUUGAGCGGUUGAGAUGGCGGGUGUGGAACAUGACGACUGGGGGACAGAGUGGUGUCGGUUCUGGGAUGCGCCAUGACUCAGAAGGCGAAUUGUGA